AUGACGAGUGCCAGUCGGGUAUUAACAGUGUGCAUUCUCCUGGCCCUGGUGGCUAUUACCACCAGCAUCAGGUGCUGGAAGUGCGGCCAGUACAGCGACGGAGUAGGCUCCAUUACGCCUUGCAAUAACAGAAGCGCCACUCAACUGGAAGACUGUCCAAGCAACGCAAAAUAUUGCAUUAAAUACGUUAGCGAACUAACAAUUGUACGGGACUGCGUGCCAACUUGCAGCGAAAAAGAAUGGUGGGGUGCCCGUACUUUCUGCUGUGACACGGACGAGUGCAACUCUGCGUACACGCAAUAUCCUGCGACGGGUUUGCUCAUGGUCACACUAGCUGCUCUGCUCGCGCACUGACCGCGCGAGUAAAUUACUCUAAUUUGACUGGGGA